CUAGUGGGUACCACCGCCAUUUGCCACUGUUGAUGUUUUUCUCUUAAGCUACGGCCUUGGCUUUGUUAGAACAAGGACAUCUCCAGAGGGAAUGAUACAUACGCCAGAUAGGUAAAUAAAUUUAAGGAUAUGCUUACUAAAUUUGCAAUCAAUUUCUCUGCAUUUUAAAUUAACCAAAACCAUGGAGAGUUAAAUAAACUUAGACCUGCGUUUCCGGAUAACAAGUUUGGUUUGACUUUUUCUGCUCUUCUUUAGCCCUGCUUCUUCUAAAACAAUCGGUAGUUUUUAGUGCUAUUAUAGUAUAUAUAGAUAUUACUAGUAAGUUUCAGGCCUAGUCAUCGUUUUAAUUUAUGAACAGUAUUGUUGGAAAUUAUUUUAAAUUUCAACUACUAUCCCAUGGAAGUCAAAAGAAGUUGAGGUAGCAAUAAAUAAUUAUAAUAAAUAAAAGAAUCGGGAAAUUUUCCCCACCCUGAAACACCCUGCAGCUUAUAUAAUUUUCUUGAUUUCAAACAAAUUUCAACAGGUGCCAGAUUGUCACAAAUUGUCGCUAUACCUGUAAAAUCUAGUUAACUUGGUUUUGAUAUUUUGAUGUAAAUUUUAAGUCCGUCACUACAUACACCACGACGGUGUACCUAGUAAAACCAUGUAACUUUAGCAUGCAUAAACCACGGCAGUGUACCUAGCAAAAUAAUUUGUUGUGGCCUGCGUACACCCCAGCGAUUUAAGCAGUAAAACCAUGGUCUUUUCUGCGAGUCUUAAACUUUAUGGCCUAACCAGUAUACCAGUAUUUGUAAAAUAAUGUUAUACUCUUGUUAAAACUAAAAACUAUUUAUUUAUUCUUUUAAUACCUGUAAGUUGUAAGAUUAAACAAAAGUAGUACUGAUAUUUUUUUAUUGUGUGCAGGCCCCGAGUCCUGCAUGAACGCAAAGGAACAAUGUUCCUACAAUAGACUCAAUAGUGGAACUGUAAUUUUUGUUGUUUGUAUAUAUUUUUUUUAUUUUGGGGUUGAAGGAAGAUAUUGGGUAAUUUCCACACUUUUGUGGAAAAUUACUUGUAAUGAGGAAUGCAGUUCUUAGUAUUUUAUGGAGGGGGGGGAUGUGAUGUUAAACGAUGAUUUAUUUUAAAAGUUAACAACUUUAAUCCCCCUACCCUUUAAAUUGAAAUACAAACAUAUUUUUCAAUAAUUUCAAGUUUUAUUCUAUGAUUGUCAAUCUUAAGGUCUAAAAAGGGUAGAUAAAUUGAAAUCAAUUUUUCCUUCACUAGUUUGUUGGGUCUUGGGGGGGGGGGAGAGAGGCAUUAUGACAUUUUAUGUGAUCGCUCGGGGCUGGGGGUAAAAAAUGAAAGGGAAGCCAAUGUAUCUAUUUUGUUAUCUCAAAUAUAUUUUAAUUACGCCACAAAUACGUUACAGACAGAAAAUCACGUACAUUGGUCUUGAAGCUAAAGUUGUCCGAGGCUAACCAUUCCCAUUGUCAUUGUAAUAUCAAGCGAUUGUCAACACAAAACAGUAUGAUGAUAAAUGCUAAAUAAUGCAGUGAUUUUUUUAAAAGCCUUUUACAAUAAUUAAAUAUCAUUGAUUUCACAGAUAUUUAGGAUAACGUUGGCUUUAUUAGAUGUUUUAGAGUGUCAGAAAGUCAGGAUAUGUUCUUUCUGCCAGACGCACCUUCCCUCCCACAACCGCCAUACGCAACAGGAUGCAAAAUAUACAAAAUCAACAACCUCAUCCUUUCUCCCCCCCCCCCCUGCAUAAUUAAUAUAUGGAUGGACCUAUAUAUCAUACUGAGUUUAGAAAUUUAAAUGUAUUGACUCUUUGAAUGCUCUUUAUUACAGUUUUAUUUCCUGGCAUUACACACAGUAAAAAUGCCGGCGGACAUUAGCAACCCCGGUGGGGGUGGGGUAUGCAAAAGUUAAGUUUGUUGUGCGGACGUCCUUUGUGGACAACCCCUAUCCAGAGCCGUGAUUUUUGUAGGCCCCCUUUUUGGUUUUGUGCCCCCUGUUAAGCCUCAGCCCACAACUCAUCUCCCAUACCCUGGCACAGAUCGAUUUCUUAACAGCUCUCUGGCUAUUAUACACGUCAAAUACAUGAUACAUGCGCUUUAUGUUUGUUUUCUAAUUUAUUAUUUUCAAAUUCAAAGGCCGGCACAACUUGUUUUUAAGUUUACAUUAUAUUAUAACACUUAAUAAUCUGAAUAUAACAUAAAUUUUAAAUAUUUAAAUUGCUGCAAAUAUUUUUUAACACUCUCAUGAAACUACAGUUACAAAUGAAUAUAAUAAUUUACAUAUAAAACAUAAAAAAUGGAGGAAAAAAACUGGAUGGUUCAUGGUUUUGCUAGGUACACCACCACAGUGUACGCUGGCCAAGGUCCAUGGUAUUGCUAGGUACAUUGCCAUGGUGUACGCAGCAACUUCGAAAUUUUAAAUAUUGUCUGUUUACUGUUUACCAUCAAAGAUACAUCAUUUUAAAGAACUAGACAGCACUAUAAGUAUAAGCUUUACAAAAUACAUCAAUUUUAUCUCUCUAGAUUUUAUAGAAGUCAAAGUGGCGUUGUGAAUUUUUUAAAGCCUCUUAACUAUCUGUAUAUAACUCCAAAAGCUUGUGACCAAUUUUUCGAAUUUCUGCUUCAUAAUGCCCACAACUUUUUUAUUUUAAAAGAUAAUUUUAUCAUAAGACAUUCUCAAUACAUUAUACAACACAAUGAACAACAAAAAUUUUACACAAAUCAAGACUUGUUAUUUUUAUACUUUUUUUUUUAAGGGUAGUUCCAAAGAUUCUGAUAGAAAAAUUUAUAUUUUUAGAAAGCUUGUAGCAGGGGUCUCAAACUCAAAUUAUCCGCGUUCCGCAGGAGGUAGAGUCUGAGUGAUACUGGGCCGCAUCAAGUAUUCCACAAAAAAGUGAUUACAAAUUCAAUAAAGUUCAAGUGUAACAAUCCUCUUAAACCUUUAUUAAUAACAAAUUAAAACAUUAAGGGUUCUCAAGAACUAGGCUUCACUUACAUCCUGCUAUUCCUUGGGACCAGAGACCUGGCAGCGCUUCGACCUUGCUCAUAGGUAGAUUUAGAAACCAACAUAAUAAAUGAGGCUGCAGUAGUCAGAGAUUGAAUUCUCGAAUUAUGACAAAUUUCUUAUGUAUGAAAUAAUAUUGCUCAAUAAUUUAAAAUAAUAAUGUAACAUGUUUCCAUAAUGGUUUCUUUCGUAUGUCAUCAAAGCUGAAAAGAGAUGGUUGGUAACAAUGACCUUUUGGCUGAGAUUGAUUCAACAAACAUUUUUCUACAUGUUUAGUUACAUCAAAAUAAUCUAAGUUAAUUUUGGCUAAAACAAUAACAAAUCAUUGCACAAACUAAUGCUUGUUUGUUCCAAAAAUUAGGCCGACUCAUUAAAACUCGAAUAUUGAGCAUUGCUUCACCCUAAACUCCCUAAAAUUCCUGAUGAUCUAAAGUAAAAAUAUUCAGCUAAUAAAUGCUAUGAAAAUAAUAAGCUUCUAGUAAACAAAGACAAAAAAGCAAAAAUAAAAAUACUGUGAUUCCCAAUAGCGAUUUUUAAAACUAAAACGUGUUCAAACAGAAGCCUGGAGCAGCCAAUAAUUAUGAAUUAUUGAUGCAAAGGAAGAUGCCAUUGAAGGGAGAAUGAAUUUUGAUUUUUUUUAUUGUAGGUAAGGCCUUUUUGACUAAUCAUAAUUUGAAAGUGACCAAGCUGACAGGCUCGCAAUUUCCCUCACUCGUCACUCCUACACAUUAGCAGUUACUAUAAUAGGGAUUCUUUGAUGCUGUGUCAUAAUUGCUACGAUUUACACAAUUAUGGUUGUUCAUUACCCACUACCUGAAUUUUAAAACUUUUGAUAUAUGUAUAUACAAUAUUCGAAGCUUGUUUUCUCAAAACCUCACUUUGACCAUGUUUGUCUCAUAAAAUGCUAUAAAAUAAAAACUUUUAGUCCGAUUUUAAAAUGGUUUUUAUCAUUAUAAUCAACUUCCAAACCUAUAGGUAUAUAUAUAUAAACAUAAUAAAAAUCAGAAUUAGACUAGUCUGUGAGAUUCAAUAUAUAUGAGAAUGGGUAAAAACCCGCAGGCCGCGUUACACUAAACUUUGCUGUCAGGUAGCCGGCCACAAAAAAUAUUGUCUUGGGGGCCACAAAUGGCCCGCGGGCCACGAGUUUGAAACCCCUGGCUUAUAGCUAUCCCUUUAAUGUGAUCUAACUUUUACAACAAUUAAAAUUUCUGUCAAAGCACCUAAUGCUUCAGUGAAAUCUGAUAAUUUAAUUUAUUAUUAGAAAACAUAAAAAAAGAGAAAAAAACUAUCACCGCUGCAUGUUAAAUGGCGACAAAAGUUUUUGAUAAUUUUUUUAUCAUACGCAGAUCGGCUCUCUGAACAAGUAUCGUAGUAUCUAAUGUAUUGAAUUAUAAGCUCAGUUUCACUAGUGCACAGGUUCUCAAGCAUUUUCAAGUCAUGACCACAUUCAUUUAGAAAGUAACCUUUGCCACUAUAUGUUGGAAAAAAGAUUUUUUUUAAAUAGGGUAAAUUCUUAGAAAGGGAAACAUAUUAAAACUGAAUUUUCCAGUUAAUGUCAUGAUUAAAAUUGUAAUGAAAACUAAAUCUGUUACAAAAGAAAACUACUUGAAAAUCAUUAAUUCUCUUAGUCUAAGUCUAAUGUUUCAGCCAGCGCCCCACAUAAAUGCCUUUACAACCCCAUGUAAGGUCCUCUCCCACAUGCUAAAAACAUGUGCUCUAGUAACUUGAUUAUCCCAAGAUGUUCAUGUUUCAAACUACCUUUAUUUUAUGUGUUUUUUUAAUUCCCAAAAUCAACAUAGUUAGACAUGUAUUAACAUACCUAGAUCUAAUUGUUUUUUUAUACCAAACUAACCCUCAUUGUCACAAAUUGUUUGAAAAAUUUGCUUGUAAAUAUUUUAUGAGGAAUUUGAAGCUAUAAUUUCAACCUGUAAAAAAUGUAAAACUUAUAAAGUUUUGAGGGUUUUUCUACAAGCGGUUAUAUCUAGAUAUUGCUUGAAAAGCAUAUUAGCUAAUUAUCCAUUACUAUGGAUAAGCAGUGGAAAAUGAAGCAACUAGUAGCAAGUGACCGACCUCACUACUAACCUUAACAUUGUUGUCUGUUGUUUUUAUUCAUUAAUAUUAAAAAAUAAAAAUUAAACAACUAUAAACCUCAACUCUUUUACACUUUAAUUCAGUUAUAAUAUAUUUAAAAAAUAUUAAAUUUUAAGAUCAGUUAAUAGAAUAUUUAACCAGCCGCCAGCGACUACCGACUUACUAAUUAUGACAUUCAUGUGCAAAGAUAGAUCUAUCCUAUUUAUUUGAAUUCCAAAAAUGAAACAAGCCACACACGAAAAAAAAAAAAAUACAUUGAGAAAUAUUUUUUUAAAAUGUGUUGCACGAUAAACACUUGCUUGACUACAUCAAGAAAUUAGAUGAAAGAUCUUCGAUACCCUCAGUUUGGACAGGAAUAUGCUUAGGUUUUGUUGGUUGUUUUUUUUCUUCCAUUUAUUGGAAAUGACAUGUAACCUCUGUUAACUUAUCAACCCUGUUAUGUCUACAUUAUUGAAGUGGAACCGCCAAACUCUCUUUUUUCUCUUAGCAUUUUCUCCUCUGUUAUGUCGAUUUUUUUAUGUUGCCGAACCCUGAUACCUAGAGCACAAAAUUGCCACUUAAUGUCAAUUAUCUCGAUCCCCCGACUGAUCACCGGUCUUUGAACUCCGCAAGAAGAGAUAGCAAAAAACAAAUAAACAAGUUUUUCAUAAUUAAAAAUUUCUUUCCCAAAAUAAAGGAGUGAAAGAAUCCCUAUGUUUAUUUUUUAAUGAUAGGCCUCCUCAUGUGCACAAAACAGACUAUAAUAAGUUCAUUGUCACUCCCUUACGUAGACAAAGCAAACUAGAUCUCCAUUAAACCCCAUGACCUACCGGCAUUAACCGGUCACGGGUUUAUGGUCUGUUUCCCGCAUCCGAAAAAUCUAUUGGCGCUCGUUGCUAUAUGAAUACCAAAUAUUAUAGACCCAUAUUUUAAAAAUAUCACUUACAUUUGUAUAACAUUCGUUAAUAGAAAGUAGGUCGACUAAGUAUGGGCCUAAGCCAGCUGUCCUAAAACUUAGACUAAAAUGAGUACUUCACAAAUAAGUAUUUAUAAUAUUAAUAUUCUAAUCAUAUACAGGAUACAGUCUAAUCAGUCAGUCUAAAUCUAAUAUAAAGUAACCUAGUCUAGGCCUAAAUCAUAUUAAGCUUAGGCCCUAAAGCCUAUUAAUUAUUAUUGACAUAAAUUAUUAAAUUAGGUAUAGCCUAAAAUUUAGGCUUUAUUUAGUUUAUUGGUAUUAGACUCAUUCUCAUUUAUUAAUGCACAUCAUGUACUUAAAGAAAUUUCAAGCAAAUUUUAAUAUAUUGCCACCAUAUUGGUUUUCAUUGUUCUGGAUCCUCAGCUAUCUUGACGCUUUUUGGCAAACCCCUAGGCUGUCGACAUAGCCGGGUUCUACUAUAUAUUAAUUUGUAAAUAACCAGCUAUCAACACCUAGUUGAAGUGUUACAUAGUGCAGGUGUGAAUAGGGUGAGGUCAAAGGCCUAAGUGAAAAGGACAUAUUUUACUGUUUGUUGCUUCAGAAACAUGCGAUGGUGACUAGUGAGUUAACCCGAUGGUGACUAUUGAGUUGACCCGCUAAAUUAAAAAUGCUGAUGUGAAGUACUAUUUGACUUCAAACCUUUGACAGCUAGUUAAUUAGCCAAUCAUUGCCCCUUUUGUUUCAACAAGUUUAUAUCAUCUUAACAUGUUUUUUCAUCAUCUUAGAGCAUUAUCACGCUGCACACUGUUUGCUGAGCUCUCAUUUAGGGUGCAGGACUACAAUUUUUAGUACAAAUUUAAUAGGCCUGAACAACAGUUAUAUGCCUUUAUAUAGGCUAUUAAAAGACAAUAUAUCAUGUGUAUGAUAGAUAAUUUACUUUAUUGCCCUAGUUUUAGCUUAUUACUGAGUAUAAUAGAAGUGAAUGGAUGUGUGAGCAUGAAGUGAGGUGUACAGUUGGUAAAAAAAAACCCACCACAACUGAGACUCUAUGAGGGAGAGGCGCAACCACUGGUCAUCGGCAGGUCUUGUGGCAUAUCUGAGGGAUACAAUAAAGUUGCUUCGCAAAAUUUCACACUAUGCUUUAUCAGCAGUAAAUAGGGUUUUAUUUGCAUGCCAGUAAAACAUGGUCAAAUUCUCUGCAUAAAUGAAAUUAUUUAUGAUUGAAAAAUGUUCAUGUGUUGUAUAUGGUGAGAUUGUGACAGUGUUAUUUGAGAAUAUAUAUUUUGAAUUAUAAAUUCUGAUAGAAAUUUAUUACUAAUUUAUCAUUUAGUGUAACAGAUAUAUUUUAUACCUUUAUAUGUUUUAGUGUACACCACAGCUAUAGUUGGUCUGAUGAGACCGGAGCUGGAGCGGGGAAACGUUCCAAGAUGUUCCACUCAACUCCCACUGCCUCUACAACAACAAAUUCUCUCAGCACAUGGGACAUUGAUGGAGGCCUUGCUGCCGACUUUGAUGGAUCUCUGUCUGGUCUUGGUACAGAACUUGGCACGGCAAGCUAUAAUAUGAGGUGAGUUUAGCUAAGAACUAGAAUAUUUAAAGAGCCCUGACUAGAGACCCUUUAUAUGUAUAUCAUGAACGUUAACCAAAACAUGAUAAUGACAAGUCUCUCAGCUUUUAUUAUUAGCCUACUUAAGAGCAUUAAUGAUAUUAUUACCUUGUAAUCAUAAACUUCCUAAAAUAUUUUAAGGUAUGGUAAGGUUUUAUUUUAAGAUGUAAUAUUGAAGUUUUUUUAAAAUUUAUAACAGGUUUAAUUGUCUAUGUCUUUCACAUUAUAAAAAUAUUACAUUCGUGUUUCAAUUAUAGUGAGGCGUUGCUGGCCUUACCUGUAUUCAAGCAAGAAAAUUUAGAAAAUGGGUAAGAUGUAGGAACUUUUUUUGUGUUAGAGAUUGGCAGACCUGUUUACCCUCCUCAAACUCUUAAAAUCGUACAAUAUUUAAAAAAAUUGUUCAAUAAUUAUCUUAAUAGUAAAAAAAUUAACAUUCAGUAUAUAUAAUGUAUCAUAUCUCAAAAUCGUACAUUGUACACCAAAAUCGUAAGAGUAAACAGGUCUGGAUUGGUGUCAUUUUGUAUCUGCAGUUUAAACUUAUAUCUGUAAUAUAUCUGUAAAUGGUCAUAAUAAGUUUAACCUUUUGUUGUAUUAACAUUAGAUUAAUUUUUAAAUAUUAAAGUAUAUACUAGUUGAAAAGCUGAAUUUAAAAAAAAAAAGUACUUUCACAGUAAUAAAUGUGUGCUUGUCUUAUGAACGUGUCCUUGGAGAUUUUUAUAAUUUCUCCAGGUAGAUCGAUUCUAUUAAAGAAAAAAUUGCAGGAAAAGCAAUUACUUGGAGUCAACAUAAAGCAGUUUGCAAAAUUGGGUCACAUGUUUUUUCCUCAUUUUGCGACUGCCGUGAUUGGCACUGCUUAGAGAGUAUCCAAGUUAUACAUUGAAUAAUUAAAUUGACAUUGUAGAUUGCUGAGGUGUUAUUUUUGGAAAUGUUAUUGUGGUUAUAAUAUAUAUACCGGUAGACAUGCAAACUGAUAUACAAAACUAUGAUGUAUUCUAGUUUUGAAGUCUAAUAUACUAAUUUAAAAGUUUAAUUUCUUUAGCAAUCAAUGUAAUGUUACCACUGGCAUAUUAUUUAAUUGGGUCAGCUUCGGGGCAGGCUGACAAUUUUCAGGUUUUUCAAUCCAAAACAAAAGGGGUCUGUCUUAUAACUGAGUACUUACACUAAAUAAGUUUCAUGCUUCACAUAUUGUUUGUUUGGCAGAUUCCAGUAUAUACUUGGAGCAGCCACAUCACCGGCUGUCAAAUUAAAUGAAGAAACUCUCACCUAUCUAAACCAAGGUAGUGUUGUUAAUUUGUUUUAAGUUAGUUAGUUGUUUCCCUGGCUAUCACUAUGCAUUAUUUUGUGACACUGUCUGACACAAUUCCAAUUCUAGCUGUCUUCUAUGCUAUGCAUUGACCUUUAGAUCAUUGAUAUUUUGUUGCAACUAAAGACAACAGGGUGUUACCUACCAGGAUGAUUUAUUAUUUGACUGUCAAGAGGAAGUUUUAAGCCAAUAAUUUUGUGUGGCUACUUAACUGAAAAAAAUUAUUUUAUUUGGAUGUAACAAGUAACCUUGAAUAUUUGUUGCUAUAAUUGCCAUUUUGUCAUGAUAGUGGUCCAUGUGGCUUAACCGCAGUAAUGAAAAAUAAACCCUCCCAUCCUCACGAAACUCCUGAAGAAUUGAGAAGGCUCCACAGGGAGGCAAUUUGAAGAAUAUGUUUGAGCCAUUGUGGGGGGGGGGGUGUGUGUGUGUGUGUGUGUGUUAUAAAACUCAAGUGGGAUGUGAUGUGAAAAAGGUUGAAAUGGACAUUUUGAUAUCUGUUCUCACCACCUGGUUUUAAGAUAAUAAUUGAUUGCGUUCAUUUAAGAUGGAAAAACAUUUUAAGUGUAAGCUUGUACCUCAUUAAAUAACCCCCUAAAACAUAGUUUUUCUUAUAAAUCCUUUGUAUGCAUUUUUAAAAUAUUUUAUUUUAUAAUAUUAUAAUGUCCCAACUGAGUUUACACCUUAGAUUAGUUCACCAGCUAUUUUAGAAAAGCAGAAGAAAAUAUUACGCACCAAUCACACUUGCAAUAUUUUUUUAAAAGAAUUUAAAUCAUCAUAUUUCCUUCAUCUUCCCCUUGGAAAACAAGAAAAACUUAUCUGUUAGGGUUGGGGUGUGGGGCUGAAAAUUUGAUAUAAAAUGUUAUCAUCAGCAUCGAGUCUAUGUGCCAAGUUUCAACUUGAUGGGUUGACAGGAAGUGGGUCAAUAAGCCGUCCGAAGAUUUGCCACGCAGCCAGAAACACAAAAACAAAAGCGAAGUUAAUAUACAGGAUAUAACAAUGGAAUAAUAAGUUCACCUGGCCCCAAAGAAAACCAAAAGAUGUCAGAUAAGUAUAAUUGAAAGUCACUAUAUUUAAAUUAAAAGUUAAACUUGCUGCUCAUUAAAUUUAAACAAUUUUUCCUUGUCUUUUGUUUUUUAAGGUCAGUCAUAUGAAAUCAAACUCAAGAAGCUUGGAGAUUUAUCAGAGCUACAAGGAAAAUAUUUAAGGGUAAAUAAUUUUUUUGUAACUACAUAUUGUUCAGUUAAAAGUUCCUCUGAGUUAAUCACUGGGUUAAGUAUCUAAAGAUUUCUGAUCUUGGUUUGAAGAAAUUUAUUUUUGAAAACAUAAUGAAGGAAGUUUCUCAAAUACUGUGUCUGUACAAAUAAUCACAAGUAAUCUCAUGCUACAAUGAUUGAUAUCUCAUAAUUUUAUUAGCAUAUUCAUUGAGAGUGACCCAUCUCUUCCCUUCUUUUAUUCUCAACAGAGCAUUGUUAAAGUGUUAUUUCAUGAUCGCAGACUACAGUUCAUGGAGAAGGAGCAGAUUGACUCUUGGAAACAGAUGAGGCCUGGGGAGAGAAUCCUGGAUAUUGGUUUGUUGCAUAAUCAUGUGACAACAUGUCAAGUGGCAGAGGGUUUAAUUCCUUCUUUUUUAAUUGGGGAUGGAUUGUGAGUUUUUGUCACGUAUAAACAGGGGCUCAUUUCAAACACCCCACCCCUAAAACCAUUUUAUUCUAGACUUUUGUAGAAAAGUGGGGUGGCGUGUGGCCUUUUAUUAAUUAGUGGGUGCAUAAUUUUCUUCCUUUCAUAAAAUUGUUGCCAAGAUAGUUGCAAUUUUUCCAAUUUAGAUUUUAUUUGUGUAUAUUUAGUAAAGAUUAUGUUAUUUUGGGUUAAAUAUAUGCAGUAAUUAUCCUCUUUGUAACCUGAUAUGAAAUCAAGAAGCAUGUGAAAAAUGUGCUACGUUGUGUGGAGUACAGACAAAUACACUGACACUUAUACAAAUGUGUGGUCUUUAUAUGAAUGAAAGUUCACAUAGUUUUACCUACCCUAAAUGAGCAGGAUAGAGAUAUUUUACAAUAAUUUUUUUCAUGAUCUGGCUUGGCUGUAAAUGUUUAAGAGUUGCCUUCAUAAUAUAUCGAAUAACUGCCCUCUAUAUCAUUUUUUUUUCAAAAAUAUUAUCAUCUGAACAUGCAAAUAAUAAAUCAAAUUAAUUUUUUAAUAAAAAAUCUCUUGUAAAUUUACAAAAGCUCUUACAUUGAUAUAAAUGAAAAUGGCUGAUUUAUUUUUAAGGGAAACAUGUUUGUAAAAAUUUGUUCUUUACAUAUGAAAGUACUAGCAGUAGAUCAAUAUUUUUCAUAGCGCAGUGUUUAUAAAAGGCUGGGCCCUAAUGUCAUCUGCUGUGACAAUUUAUUUGAAUACUCUUCUUGUAUGUUAGCUCAAAUUUAGGAAACUAAUAAAAUAAAUACAAAUUUAUAAACAUUAAUCAGAACAACGAGCAAUUUUUAUUUUUAAAGCUUAACUAAUUUUUUCCAAAAAAAAAAUUAUUAUAUUCAUACAAUAAUAUUCUUACAUUGUAGUUGCUAUCAUUAGAAAGGACUUUAUUAUCUUUUAAAAGCGUGACAGGCAGAAUAAUUAUUAAUAAACUCAAUAUUCAAGAACUUACUGACAUGCAACAAACAAACCCAUGUACCUCAUUUAGAGCAAAGUUAUAAAUUUUAAAAAAAUUCUUCUUUGAAAUAAAAGCUCUUAAUUUCAUAUACAAUAUGAAAAGAUAUAGUUUGAAAAAAAUGUAUUACCAUUCUUUUAGGUUAGAAAUCAUCACUACAUAGCUAUAUCAUUUAGUUUUGGUUUUAGGUGAAGCGGGGCGAGGUGGGAUAUACUUAGCAACAUCUAGAGACAUUGUAACAAGUGUGCCCGAAUUUUGAGAAAUACUGAUGAAAUAUAGCAUCUGUAAAUAUUUCAUGUUUAUUUUUCAACUUGUGAACUGAAAACUUUUCAUUUGAAAAUUCCUGUAUCCAGAUAUCCCACUGUCAUAUGGUUUGGUAAAUGUAAACUUGGAUGCUGUACGACUGAAUCAGCUGGAGUUUAUCUGGGACCCAACCAAAGAAACUGGCCUUUAUGUGAGAGUGCACUGCAUAUCAACAGAAUUUACAGCAAAAAAACAUGGGGGAGAGAAAGGUGUCCCUUUCAGGAUUCAGGUACAUCUUGCAUCUGAGGGUGUUGCGACAGACUAAAACAAUAACGCAACUGCAAAUAUUUUACAUUAGCAGCAUAAUUAUAAAAAUAUAAAAAACUUAAUUUUUUUUUCAAGCUCUACAAAAACCAACAUUUAAAAUCUAUUUGCAUGGAACACUAUAAAAUAAAUUCAUCAUUUAAGACAAAUAGAAUCAUUUUAAUUUGUGAUAAUUAUUUUUAAUUUUAACUGGGAUCUCUGCAACAGGAUAAAGACUGAAAACUAGUCUUUUUUUUUUUUAGUUCAAGUGCAUCUAGUAAAUUGACAUUCUAUUUAUUUGGUCUCUAUCCAGGUUGAAACUUAUACUAAUACAGAUGAAGCCAAACUACUUCAUGCUGCAUCAUGUCAAAUUAAAGUUUUUAAGGUAAUGUUAUUAAGUCAAUGGGAUUUAUCUAUAGGGCUGAAAAAACUCGGUAUGUAAAUAGUUUUCAUUACUGUCAUUGAUUAAUUUAAAGAAAUAUUACAUAUUUUUUAAUUUGAGCUUACUUUUUUAUUUUUCCAAUCAAGGAAUCUUAUCUUUUAAACUAAUUUCCAUCUAUUUUUCCAAUUAUUUAUUAACAGCCUAAAGGGGCAGACAGAAAGCACAAAACAGAUAGAGAAAAGAUGGAAAAGAGAUCAGAUGUAGAGAAGGUAGAAGUUUAUAAUUCCACAUGUUAAACCUAUAAAAUUUUUAAAGUUAACUAAAAUAAUUUCUUAAUGUAGAUUGCAGAGUUGAAUCAUUAAAUGAAAUAGCUUUUCGUCUCAUUGAUUUUCAAAAUAAAGCCUUGUCCCUAAUACUUCUUUCAUUAAAUAUAGUUAUAUUUAGUUCAGGCUUUUCUUCCCCCUAGGAGAAGUACCAGCCAUCCUAUGAAUGUACAGUUUUAACAGAGGUAAACAGUUAUGAUGUAAAAUACAAUUUUUUAAACUUGUUUUUUUUUGGGGGGAUUUUUUUUUUAAUACCCCAUUAAAAUAGAAAUCAUGGCUAGCUAAUUCAGAUGUCAAUGGAAGUGAUAAAUCUUCAAUUUUAAUAGUUACUUCAUCAUUACACUAUGGAAUAUUAUGAAAUCCACAUCUUUUACAAAAUUGUUUAAAACAAUUAUUAUUUUGCAGUUUCUCCUUUAUGUCUUUAGUAAUAAUAAUUGAUUCUUGUAAACUACUUUACUAUUUUGGUAAAGAAAUUUUUAUCCUUUCAAAUUUUCAGCAAUAUUGUUUUACGGCAAGGAAUUAGUUAAUAAAUACAUCAAAUUUUUGAAAAAAUUGUUACAGGUUCCUAAAGAUCAGAUAUUGCAGGCAAAUUCAGGCUACAGCAAGACCCAGUCAUUGACAAGUAGUUUUGCUGAGCUCAAGUGAGUUACAUGAAUUUUACCCCUGAAUUUGGCAAAGGCAGAAAGUUACAUUAUCUCAAAAUUACUGGCUUUACUUUAGCACUAAUCUUAAAUAUGUUUGGGGUAGCGUCUCUUUUUUAUUUAUCACCUUAUAUGGAUUGUAGGGCAGAUCAGCUACGAUUUUCAAUGAGGAAAUAAAACUUGUAUUUAUUUAUGUUCCAUCUGAUCCAUUUCUCCACACCAUGUUGAUUUUGUAGUUUGUACAAAUGUUGUUUUCAUUGGACUUGAACAUCAUAUCUAUUGUCAUAUUAUAUUUUGCUACAGCAGGGGUCUCCAAACUAUUACCCAUGUGCCAGCUUCGAUUUGUCCGACCCACAUCAUCCCAGGGUAAAAGAAAUAUACUUGAAAAAAGACUUUUUUUUAAUAUAAAUAUAUAGAUAUAUAAGAAUGUAACAUUUUGAAAUGGAUAACCUUUGGCUAGUAAAUAAUGGAACUAAUGUGAUGGAAGCAGCCAUACAAAAUUUUUCUCUGGUAACACACUUCAAAAAUCUAUGAACUGUCUUUACGUCAUGUAAAAACUAAUUACGCCACUUUCCAUUGCUCAUUAUACGAUUAGGGUCUCAUUUUGAAAGCAUACAUUAUUUUUCAAGCACAAUUCUUAAUUCAUGCCUGACCUAAAGUUGUUUUUGCGACAGCCUUGUUGGAUUUUGCACUCAUUAAUCUAAUGACCUAUGCCUCACAGUUUGGAGACCCCCCCACCCACCCCUCCCCAGUGCUCUGGAACCAACCACACAGUGAAAAAGUUCCCCCUCGACACACAACUUACACAUAACUCGAUUUAUGAAAGUUCCUGCUUUAGUCCAUAGUGAAAGGGGAUAGAUGUCAAGUGGCUUAGCUAUCUUUUGAUAAAUUUAUCAAAUCUUUCAAAUGUUUCUUUAAAUGUGAAUGUGCUUAGUUUUCAUAGCCCCAUAAAUCAACCAAAUGAUUUAUCAGUUGUUAUAUUAUUUUCUCUUUCUUCAGCUGUACAGCAUCGCCCAAUCCAUCCCUUAGUCCACCACAAAGUAGUUCCUCCCACACACCUUUGCCCUUCUCACAUAACCAGACCCAUGAACCAGUGGAUGUUCUGUCAGGGGUGAGUCAUCAAACCAUUUGAUCACUACAGUGAAUGAAAUAAAUAUUUUUUGGCAUACUUUUCUUUUCACUCUUAACAAAAAUCAUACUUAUAAAUCUUUUUAUUUUAUUUUUUAAAAAUAUUAUUGCAAAUGUCAUUUUAAAAAAAUUCCAGCCCCUUUCAUCUGAUGCUCAAGCAACUGAUGUAGCUCAAUGGCUUCACUACCACAGAUUUUCUAAUUAUGUUCGUGUAUUCCAGAAUUUCUCAGGUAUCUCACAGUUUACCUCUCUCUAUUUUUAAAAAAAUAUUUGUUGAAACAAUUUUCAAUUACUUGUAAUAAAUGCCUAUGGUUAAAAAUAGUAAAUUAAUUUUUUUGUUAUUGAAAUAAAGACUUGCUGUUUCUUAAACAUGUCUGACAGAUGGUUUAAUUGUUCAUGUGUUUGAUAUUAGCUUGUUGGGGUUAUGAUUUUUUUUUUUAGACUCAUGCUUGCUUGGAACGGGAAAGUGAUGGUUUAUUUUAUUUUUACCAGAUAAAAAUAGUGUAAAUAUUAUUUUUGGAGGUCUAUGUUUUAAGCUUUAGAGUAUUAGUAUCAGGCUUUUUCCACUUUAACAAAGUGUUUCUUUAUUGUUUGUAUUCUUUUCAGGUGCAGAUCUGUUACGGUUAAGUCGUGAUGAUUUGAUUCAAAUUUGUGGUUUAGCUGAUGGUAUAAGAUUAGAUAAUGCCCUCCAGGCCAGGUGAGUUAUUGAAAAGAAAGGUCUGAACUACUGGGUAUGACAAGGAAAGUGGUGAUUGGAUAGAUGUGUAAAAACUAUUAAACUUUAAAGUGGUAUUUAGUAUACAGUAACUUAUUUGGUGACAAUAGGACCAUUUAAUAUUUCUUUUUGUUCUCAAGACAUUGUUGCAGGUUAUUUGAAAUAUUUAGUAACCAAAUUUAAUUUCACAGAAAUAUCCGACCAAGACUUACAGUGUACAUAUGUCAAGAGCCUGAAUCAAGUGAGCUUUUUUUUAAAAAAAUGCAUUUUAUGGGGCACACAUAAGUAUUUUAAAAAAAAGAUUAAUUAAAAUAUUUGUAAAAUCACUUAAUUAUUCUGACUUUAAACACGCUAUAUUCACUAGAAAAGUUGUGAUAAUUCAUUUUUGAAUAAGUAAAAAUGUUAAGAUGCAUGUGCAGCAAAAGGGAGUUUAUGCAUGAAAUUUUUCUUGGUGCUAUGUUAUAAGGUCGCCAUUAGUCAGUGAGGAUAAAAAGGUUAAAAAUGGGUGUUGUGUGGAUAUAAAGUGUUUUUACAAAUAUAUUUCAAUCCAAUUAUUAUCCAAGUUCAAUAAAUUUCUAAAACAAUAAAAAUAAUCACCUGAAUGAACUUUUUUCUCCCAGUAUACCAUGCAUUAUAUAUGGAUUCACUGGUUUUGGAAGAAUUUAAAGUGAAAUUGUCAACAUUGUUUGGCAUUCAGACGCAACAGAUAGGGGAUAUUUAUAUGCAGGGACCUUCUCAAAUUCACAUUUUACUAACAGAUGAGGUGAGAUUACAUAUGGAUGAUUCUCUUUUAUAAAUUAUUUCAUUUAUUUUAUUAUUAUAUCACAACAUUCUCAUAUUAAUGAAAUGAAAUUGUCACUCUUUCCUUUAGAAAAAUUAAUAUUAGUUGUAUUAUUCUGGUUAAUCCUUUCAUUAGAUUGAGAUUUGAAAAGUAAAAAAGUAUAGAUAGACCUUGUGAUAAAUUAAAUUAAUCUAUCAUUCUUGCAUCGUUGUUAAAUAUUUUUGUUUAUUACUUGUUAACUCAAUUAUCUAAGUUCACAUUUCUCGAGACAGCAACUUUUUUAACAAUAAAAAUUCUAUAUUGAACUUUUUUCUUUUUCAGGUGAUACAGAACAUACAGGAUCAAACAAGAUUUGUUGUGGAAGGAAUGAAAGGUAUUACCAAGGAUUUUUUUGGCAUUUUAUGACAUUGAAUAGUUACUUAUGCCUAGGUUAGAAUGACUGAAUAGGAUUACAUCUUUUUUUAGUCCUAUAAAAAUUCCUUUAUUAGGGAAUUAAUUUUUUUAGUAUCUCAGGUUUUCACCAUAUACUCUUAGUAAUGUCUGUGUAACAUUGAUUUUAACUGAACUUGCAUUAUGCUUUUGUUAAUAUCUUCAAAUUCUGCCUGAAUCUUAAUUUUGAUCUAUAAUUGUUUAAUUAUGAAUUGAUAAUAUUCAGGGUUUUAUUGCAAAUGAAAACUUACUUUUAAUUACGCUUUUAACAGACCUGUUUACUCUUACGAUUUUGGCGUACAAUGUACGAUUAUGAGGUGUAUACUUUAUACAAUAUACUGUAUGAUUAUUUUUUUACUAUUAGAUUGAUAAUGUAUUGAAAGAUUUUGUGAUGAUAUUGUACGAUUUUAAGAGUUUGAGGGUAAACAGGUCUGUUUUAAUAUAUUCCAGUACAUUUAUUCUCUUCUGCUAGCAUUAGCACCAAUAUCAUUCCGAUAUAUUUAUUCUCAUUUGUCACAUGUAUCUUCUUAAUCCUUUUCAGAUGAAAGUGGUGACAAAUACAGAAUACUUUUAAAAACUGUAGGAGAUCGUUAAUUGUAGUACAAGGUUGUUUGUUGAACAUUUCCACUGUCAAUAUAUCAUUGAAUGCUCUGGCUGAGGGAAUUGAUUAUUUUGUUUAUUAAUUAUAAAUAUAUAUAUAAAUUUUAAAAAAGACGUGAAUCCCAGUGAAAUGGAGAAGCAGAUAAACUGCUGUGUCUUUUUCUAAAUCACAAUAUCUCUUGUUCAUCUGCGAGUAAACAAGGACUGUCCAUUUUGAAUAGUGACCUGUUUGAUUGUAAGUUCAGAAAAUACCACCACUGGAUUUAUGUGAUUUGGAAAAACUUCACUUUUCAGUUUGAAAGUUUAAAAAAAAGUUGGGCAUGUCAAAUAAGAUGCUUACAUACUGAAAGAACUGGUGUUAAUUUUGUUAAAAUUUUUACCUAAGGAGUGUGUGUUCGAGACUGAGAGAGAAUAUUGAAUUGGUACAAUGUAGAGUGAGCUGCUCAAGGCACUGCUUUAGCACCAGCCCACAAGAAGGGAUUAUAUAGAUUUAGAUCAGUUUUUUUCACAAGUUAGUUGGCCUACACAGGCGCACACAUUCUGUGUUGGUGAGGUGUCCUUAUAUUUUUCUAUGAUGUCUAUUGAUCUUGAUGGCCUGGGCACACCUUGGUUGUACACACACUAUCUGUUCAGUUAUAUAGGGUGUUGUGUACCUAGACAGCACACUUGUACACUAUGUUAAGUUAUAUAAUAUCACCAGUGUAAGUCUCUUAAAGUCACUAGCUCUCCAAACGUACAAGUCAGUUUUUCGCAAUUUUACAAGAGACACUAAAAACCUAAUAACUUUACAACAAAUUUUUAAAACAUGAUUAGAUCUUGUGACGUGACAUGUAUUUUCUACCAGUGCAAUUUUUUUAAUUUCUUAAAAAUUAAAUCCGACACACAUAUAGAGUUACAUGUACGAUUAGGGCUGUAUACUUGGACUGGACAGCACACAGUACAGUACACAAUCUGUUCAGUUGUUUAUGUAAUGGUUAUGUUAACUUUUCCUUAUUUUAGUUUAUUGAUUUCUUGCUGGGUUUUAAAAAAAAAAAUUUAUGUAGUGUGUAUUAUUCUUCUCAGAAUUAUUUUUUAAAAAAAAUAAAAUUUUUAAAGCAUUUUGAUAAUUUAAGUAUGCAGUUGUAUAGUAAAUUUUGUUCUCCAUGUCUUCUGACAUAUCCACUACUCUAGUUAGAUUUCUAUAUAGCGGGCUGUAUUUCAGCAGUUUGUUUCUGCAAGCAUUUUUUUUUAAAGCAUUUUUAUUAUUUUUUUCUAGUUUUCUCUUUUUAUGGACAUGCACAAUAUUCUCAGAGUGCACAAACGCCACUGUCAUAUGUAAGUGAAGUGAAAGUCCGUUGACUGGUUUUAAGCCAUUGCUGCAUGUGCUCUAAUUUGAGCCAUUGCUGUGUGUGCUCUAAUUUAAGCCAUUGCCGCAUGUACUCUAAUUUAAGUUCACUUUUUUGGUUCCUAUGCCAUCAGAAAAACAAUUUUUAGACUGUUUGAUAAUUUUUUGUUUUUUUUAAAAGUAUUUUAUGAACUCUGUCACCAAGCUGGCUAACCAAGUCAUUGUGACUGUCAAAGCUGGCUAACCAAGUCUUUGUGACUGUCAAAGCUGGCUAACCAAGUCU